AGGGAGGCGACUGGCAGCUAAUACCUCACUAGUAUUUCCCCUGAAGCUUUUCUCUGGAUAGGAGCAACAUAGCAUGUUCACAAUCUUCUCUGAUUCUUUCUGGAAGCUCGGGCAGAGAGGAUGAUACAGUCAGACAAAGGAGCGGGUCUGCCAGACGGGAAAGGCAUGAAGCAGUCUACGGCAUCCUAUCCAGAGAAGGGUCUCUCCCAAAUCCUGAGGCUUGUGCUGCAAGAGCUGAAUCUGUUCUACAGCCGGGACAUGAAUGGAGUGUGCCUCCUGUACGAUCUUCUCCACUCCCCGUGGCUGCAGGCUCUGCUAAAGGUUUAUGACUGCCUCCAGGAAUUUCAGGAAAGGAAACUUGUUCCUGCCACACCCCACGCACAGAUGUUAUCCUAUGAGGUAGUGGAGAUAUUACAUGCGACCUCUAGCUCUCCUGAGAUUCAAGAGCUGACACAAAUCCUUCAGGCUCCACAUUUUAAGGCCUUACUCAGCGCCCAUGACACUGUAGCUCAGAAAGAUUUUGAACCCCUUCUCCCCCCACUGCCAGACAAUAUCCCCGAGAGUGAGGAAGCAAUGAGGAUUGUUUGUUUGGUGAAAAACCAACAGCCCCUGGGAGCUACCAUCAAGCGCCACGAGAUGACAGGGGACAUCCUGGUGGCCAGAGUCAUUCACGGUGGGCUGGCUGAGAGGAGUGGGUUGUUAUAUGCUGGAGACAAACUAGUGGAAGUGAAUGGAGUUUCAGUUGAGGGACUGGACCCCGAGCAAGUGAUCCACAUCCUGGCCAUGUCUCGGGGCACUAUUAUGUUCAAGGUGGUUCCAGUUUCUGACCCUCCUGUUAAUAGCCAGAAGAUGGUGUACAUUCGUGCCAUGACCGAGUACUGGCCCCAGGAGGAUCCCACCAUCCCCUGCGCAGAUGCCGGGUUGCCCUUCCAGAAGGGGGACGUCCUCCAGAUUGUGGACCAGAAUGAUGCCCUCUGGUGGCAAGCCCGGAAAAUCUCAGACCUUGGUACCUGUGCUGGCCUAAUCCCUUCUAACCACCUUCUAAAGAGAUGGGCGAUUUCUAUGGAAGAAGAAGAUGACGUGAAGAUUGAUGAGAAAUGUGUGGAAGCAGCCUUCAAAGCUCAGCAAGUUGUAAUCUCUCCUGCCCUGGAACUAAUGUUCCGUGUGUUUCCACAUUCCCCAGCUGGUUUUCGCCGCAGCAUGCGCCUUUGCCGCAGGAAGUCUCACCUCAGCCAGCUGCGCGCCAGUGUGGACUGCGCCAGCAGCUGCCACAGUGCGGUGGGUGCCCCAUACGAGGAGGUAGUGAGGUACCAGCGACACCCUUCCGACAAGCACCGCCUCAUAGUGCUCGUGGGUAUGUCCAGGCAGGCAGUGUCUCCUCUCAUCCAUAGUGAAAUUUUCCUUCCAGAUCCGCCUUUAUCCAAAUGCAUAUUAGUAGUAAAUCAAAACAUUUUGAAGAUUCUAAAACCUUUUCCAAAACUUUCCUUUUUUUUGACAGAUACUACUCGUUCCAAAAAGAGUUAUGAAAUGGAUGGACGUGAGUAUCACUAUGUGUCAAAGGAAACAUUUGAAAGCCUCAUGUAUAGUCACAGGAUGCUUGAGUAUGGUGAGUACAAAGGCCACCUGUAUGGCACCAGUGUGGAUGCAGUUCAAGCUGUCCUUGAUGAAGGGAAGAUCUGUGUCAUGGACUUAGAGCCUCUGGGUAUUCAAGUGGCUCGAACCCAUGACCUGAAGCCCUAUGUCAUAUUUAUAAAGCCAUCUAACAUGAGCUGUAUGAAGCGAUCUAGGAAAAAUGCCAAGAUUAUUACAAACUACUUUGUGGAUAUAAAAUUCAAGGAUGAAGAUCUACAGGAGAUGGGGGAAUUAGCCCAAAAAAUGGAGACUCAAUUUGGCCAGUUUUUUGAUCAUGUGAUUGUUAAUGACAAUUUGCAAGAAGCUUGUGCCCAGUUGUUGUCUGCAGUUCAGAAGGCUCAGGAAGAGCCUCAGUGGGUACCAGCAACAUGGGUUUCUUCUGAUACUGGGUCUUAAGGAGUCCUUCUGCUUAAUAUUGGAGUUUUAACAAUGUUCACCAGUUACAAAGCUCUGGACUAACAGCUGCAAUCUAAAACAGCAGUAUUUGUCCUAUUAUAAUGUGUGCAACUUAAUAAGUGCAGUAGUUUAUUAACCUUAUUUGAAAAAAAUAUUUGCAUGUAUGGCUACAUAUUUACCUAUUUGGCUUUUGGAAAAAAAUGUUUUCCUUUACCUCAUAUGCAACAAUUGGUAGGAAUAUGAACAAUGUUUAGUCACUUAGUAAGAUAACUUUUCAUAGAUUUCAUGUGGUCUUUGUAUGAUUCAGAUAAAAAAAGCUUCCCUAAAUAAGUAAUAUUUAAUUUCAGAAAUUAUAUUUUACCUCAUGAAACUUGUUUUAUAAAGAUGGCUUUUAUGGGCUGGCCGAGUUUGGUUAGGAGUUGGCUUGGGACACCAGCUCUGAGCAGCAGGGCCCCGGUUCCCAUCUCACAU